UGUCGUAGGGAAGUAAUAAAGGAAAACCCACAAUGGUUGUUUUCGGGUACUCGGAUAUACACCGGCCGGAGGAUCUCUGUUCCACAAGCCCGGUGCAAUUUUUCAUUUCUAUGCACUCGUUUUGCUUUAGAUCACCGUACCUCUAGUUGUGGCACGUCUAAACACAACUGGAGACUCUACGAUUCUCUGUCCAGAUUAGAUGACGUAAUAAAUUACGAUUAUCCUCCUUGCUUUCUCUCUCUCGUAUUCCAGACAAUUGUCCUACUCGGCUCGUCCAUAUUUCUUCUGUUGUUAACCAUACUGGAGGACUACUAUGCUUCGCUGGCCUGUAUGGCUAUGGCACUGGCUUGUCUCGGAUUCCAUUGCAGUGGUAUACUGCUCAAUCCGCAGGAUUUGGCUCCAAACCAUGGUGGUCAAUUGUACGGUGUUAUGGCUACUGUCGGUACCAUUCCGGGCUUUUUCGGAGUUUACUUGGCCGGCUAUCUGUUGGAUCUCACGCAUCAAUGGUCCGUGGUUUUCGUUCUGACGUCUGUCCUCAGUCUGAUCGGCUGGGUCGCUUAUACCUGUUACGGUUCGGCUGAACAGAUUCUGUGA